CAUCAUCGUAUCGAGGAAGGUAGUCUAAUACCAUCUGUAUCAUCACAUUUUUCUUGUCUGUUUUUUUCACUUUUUAGUGAGCAGUGACUUCAUUUGUGUUCCCCUAUAUUACUACCUCUUUUUUUUUUUUUUUUUUUCUUCCUGGAAUUGCCAUCACUUGCAGUUGGAAGAGAUAUAGAGAGAGAGAAAGAGGAGAGAGAGAGAGAGAUGGGGAACCUCUAUUUUUCAGCUGCUUUUCUACUUCUCAACUUUUUAGUCUUCCAACUAGCAGAUCGUUAUACUACUAGUUCAGCUACCCAAAACAUUAGAAAACCCCUAGAAAGAUAUUACACUCCUCACCCUCCAAAACCAGAAUGCUCACUCCCUCCCCCUCCACCGCCGCCGCCCUGCGUUGCACCUGAACUCUUAAGGGACAUCCGCAGUAUCCAAAAAUUCAAGAACAGAAUAACUCGGGACCCACUAGGCAUUACAAAGACUUGGCAAGGCAGAGGUAUCUGCACAGACAGCUCUAAAUACAAAGGCUUCAUCUGCGGCAAAAUCAAUUCAACCGACAGGUUCCGAGUUGCUGGUGUCAAGUUCAACGGCUUCUACUUCGACGGCAAUCUACUCAAUGUCAAUGACUUCAUUGAAGCCCUCGAAGACCUAGUCUUCUUCCACGCCAACUCCAACACCUUCACCGGUCCCAUUCCCGCCAAAGUUGCCACACUCCCAUAUUUCUUCGAGCUUGACUUGAGCAACAACAUGCUCACUGGAUCAUUUCCAAACGAGAUCCUCGGCGCCACCAACUUGACCUUCUUGGACCUUAGGUUCAACCAACUUACCGGUACAUUACCACCACAGGUAUUCAAACUCGACCUCGACGUUCUCUUCCUCAACAACAACUAUUUCUGUGGAUACCUACCGGACAGCCUAGGCAGCACUCCGGUGCUUUAUCUCACCUUAGCAAACAACCAAUUUACCGGUCCAAUCCCGAAAAGCAUCGGCCUAGCUUCGAACACGUUGAUUGAGGUGCUGUUUCUGAACAACCGGUUGUCUGGCUGCCUUCCGCACGAGAUUGGGUUGUUGAAGAAAGUGACCAUUUUCGACGCCAGCCUCAACCAGUUGACAGGUGGGAUACCAUUUUCUUUCGGUUGCCUGGAAAAGAUGGAGCUGCUGAACUUGUCUUUUAACCGGUUAUACGGGGAGGUACCGGAGAUAGUGUGCAGGCUCAAGAACUUGUACAAGCUUACCUUGAACAACAACUACUUUACGCAGGUUGGACCGGAAUGCAGAAAGUUGAUUAUGAGAAAUGUGCUUGAUGUAAAUAUGAAUUGCAUUUUAGAUCUUCCAUCACAGAGAAGUAAAGAAGAGUGUGAUUCCUUCUUCACAAAGCAACAACCAUGCCCACCAGAACAGAAAAACCGCUACAUACCUUGUCGUGUUGAUAAUUCUACGGCGCAGGUAACGUCUGAUCAUCCACGAACGCCUCCGAUUGCUCCAUCACCAUCUUAUGCUGCUCUGAUCAAGCAUAGCUAAUGAAUGCAAUGUCAAUGAGUAAUUCUUUAUAGUUUGCUAUCUUUCGUGGUAACGUUUGUGUUUGUAUCAAUGCAGAAGAUUUGUAAUAGAAUUUCUAAAUAAAGUGAGAAAGUAAGCCUUCA